AUGGCGACUCCAAGUCCCCCAAAAGCAACCAGAUCCAAUCCACCAAAAAAAGCACUAUUCUUUGGGUCAGUCGCAAAACAGAGUUUCGUCGUCAUAAAGGUUGGACCAGAGAAAGUCCCAUAUGAAGUACACAAGGCUUUACUCACACACUACUCCGAGUAUUUCUCCAGCGCUCUUAAUGGUCCAUGGAAGGAGGCACAAGAAAACUCAAUCACCCUCAACGAUAUUGACCCGAAGACUUUCGGAAUUUUCGUUCACUGGCUAUACACUCAGAAGAUUGCAACAGAAGAAGAAGUCAACCACAUACUCGAGACCCAUCCAUGCGACGAACAUGAUGACAAUCCGUACAUCACUGUUCUGACAGAAGCCGUUGUAUUCGGUGACAGGUUUCUGGCCCCCGAUUUUCGCAAAGCUGCACAAAAUCACACCGUUGACUACAUCUGUCGUCAAAAUGGAAAACACAUGGUUCCUUUUCUCUAUGCUAGCAAGUAUGCUUUCGAGAACUUGCCAGACAGCCAUAAACUCUGCAAAUUUCUCAUCGUUGUGCAUUGCCAUUACAUGAGGUACCAUGGGGGCUACAUGGAUGGUCUCAUGACUGGAUGGUAUAGAGACAAUCUGCCACGCACAUUCCUUGUUGGACUCAUAAAACGGUACACCGUCUUGGCAGAGAUAUUGUCAUACAGUGGUUAUGGACCCGACGACCGCUGCACUUAUCAUGAGCAUGCAGACAGGCAUGAGCGAAAUGAAUGUAAACAGGAAGCAAUGCGCAAAUAG